AUGCAUCCUCUGCGCGCGCUUCUCCUUGGGGCGCUUGCCUCCCUCGCGGAGGCGACCCUGCAGAUCGUUCCCGGCGCGACUUGGACUACUUCAAACAACGAGCACCUGCAGGCCCACGGCCCGGGCGUCAUCAAGGUCGACUCGACGUACUACCUGAUCGGCGAGGACAAGACCAACGGCAGCGCGUUCCAGAACGUCAACUGCUACUCGUCGCAGAACCUGGUCGAGUGGACGUACGAGGGCGCGCUGCUGUCGCGCACGGCGGAGGCGGGCGACCUCGGGCCGAACCGGGUGGUGGAGCGGCCCAAGGUGGUGUACAACGCGCGGACGCGGCAGUACGUGCUGUACCUGCACAUCGACAGCAGCAACUACGGCGAGGCCAAGGUGGGCGUGGCGACGGGGACGUCGGUGUGCGGCACGUACGCGUACCGGGGGUCCUUCCGGCCGCAGGGCCGCCAGAGCCGCGACAUGGGGCUCUUCGUCGACGACGACGGCGCCGGCUACCUGCUGACCGAGGACCGCGAGAGCGGGCUGCGCAUCCUGCGCCUCGCCGACGACUACCUCUCCGUCGCCGCCGACACCCACCUCUGGAGCGACAGCAUCGAGUCCCCCGCCCUCGUCCGCCUCGCCGGCCGCUACUACGUCUUCGGCUCCAAGCUCACCGGCUGGGACCCCAACGACAACGUCUACAGCACCGCCACCGCCCUCGCCGGCCCCUGGUCCGCCUGGCAGACUUUCGCCGCCGCCGGCUCCAAGACGUACACCUCGCAGACCAGCUUCGUCCUGCCCGUCGGCGGCGACGCCAACGGCUCCGCCCCCACCGGCGCCCUCUACCUCGGCGACCGCUGGGUCAGCCGCAACCUGAUGGCGUCGACGUACGUGUGGCUGCCGCUCCGGAUCGCGGGCGCCACCGUGAGCCUGGACGACGCCGAGUCGUGGGUGCCGGACCUGGGCGCGGCGUCGGGCGCGCGCGCCAAGCCCGCCGAGACGAGCUACGAGGGCGAGGCGGCCGCGUACGGCGGCGGCGCGCGCGACGUGCAGUGCGGCGCGUGCUCGGGCGGCGUCGCGGCCGGGUACCUGGGCGGCCCGGCCGCGGCCGCGGGAACGGUGACCUUCACCGGCGUGCGCAGCGACGCCGACGCGCGCACCACGGUGCGCGUGCGCUACGCCAACGGCGACUCCGCGCCGCGCUAUGCCCGCGUCCGCGUCAACGGCGGCGCCCCCGCCACCCUCGCCUUCCUCCCCACCGCCGGCGCCGUCAGCGCGAGCACCCUCCACGCCGACCUCCGCGCCGGCGCCCAGAACGAGAUCGUGUUCGAAGGCGUCGGCGACGGCCGCUGGGGCCCUGACAUCGACCGCCUCAUCGUGCCGGUGCAGUGA